AUGAAUAAUAAUAAUCUUCAAAGAUUUUUGUUGUGGGAAGAAAUUAUGGAAGAUGUUAGAGAUGCUGAAGAGUUUUAUGCUAUAAGAAGAGAAGUACUUCGAAGGCCGAAUCCCUUCGAUUUGUCUGAUGAGAAAUUCAUAAAGUUAUUUAGGCUUACAAAACUUCUAUGUGAAAACUUAAUAAAUAUUGACUUGGCAGCUUUGAGGUUCUUUGGCACUGGAAGUUAUCAAGAAAUUACAGGAGCAAGCAAUUAUGUUGGCAUUAACCAACCAUCAGUGAGUAGAUGUAUCAAAGAAGUUUGUAAUGCAAUGAAUCAGCCUCAAAUAUUGAAUAACUGGAUACAUUUUACCAGAAACAUAGAGGAAAUGCAAGCUCUUCGAACUAGCUUUUUCCAGAAGCACCAGUUUCCAGGGGUUAUUGGUUGUGUGGACUGCACACAUGUCAGCAUUAUAGCUUCACGUACAAAUGAUCCUGAGUUUCCAGAAUAUAUUUAUGUUAAUCGGAAGAAUUAUCAUUCGAUAAAUUUUCAGUUGAUAUGUGAUAGCAAUCUGAAAAUUAUGAAUGUAAAUGCACAAUUUCCCGGAAGUACUCAUGAUGCCAAUAUAUGGCGACAUUCACAGAUCUCAACAUUAAUGGAGAACAUUUAUAGACGAGAUCCACAGAAUGGGUUUUUUCUUAUUGGACACUCUGGAUAUCCAACAAGACCAUGGCUUUUGAACCCAAUUCAAAAUCCCACUGCUGCUGGUCCAGAAGAAAAGUUUAAUGAUAGACUCUGUAGCAUUAGAGCGACUAUUGAAAGAUGUAAUGGUGUGCUAAAAAACAGAUUUAGAUGUCUCUUAAAACAUAGAGUCCUACAUUAUUCCCCUACAGUGGCAGGACAAAUAAUCAAUAGUUGUUGUGUCUUACACAACAUGUGCAUUGCAAAUAAUGUUCUAGAACCACCAGCAGAACAACAAAAAAAUGAAGAUAUUGACUACGGCAUUUAUGCAGUAGAAAAUGUACUAGCUGAAAACAUUGGAAGAGUAAACCCCGAUUUGGCAGCAGCUAGAGUUCUUCAACAAAAUAUUAUUGAUAAUCAUUUCCGCCAAUAA